GGGGUCGGAUUGCGCAGCAUUUUACAGGACAGAGCAGGCUAUUACAGUAGCCAGCCAUGGACGCGAAAAGCUCCUCCUUGGCUUCUUCAGAUGCAUCUGGUAGGAAGUUGAAAUUACCUGCAGUUGAUUCAAGAAAAGUAUUUGCAUCCGUCAGCAUGAAGGAAGAAAAGCCAUUUGAUUUUCUGCGUACUGUAUUUGAGGGUGUCAUAGCAGGAGGUACAGCGGGUGUGGUUGUUGAGACAGCUUUAUACCCCAUUGAUACAAUAAAGACACGGCUACAGGCUGUGCGUGGAGGAGGACAGAUAGUAUUGAAGGGGCUUUACGCUGGUUUGGGUGGAAAUAUUGCUGGUGUGUUGCCGGCUUCUGCUGUAUUUGUUGGCGUGUACGAACCUACCAAGCAGAAAUUGCUUAGGACUUUUCCUGAAAACCUCAGUGCAAUAGCUCAUUUUAUGGCUGGUGCAGUAGGAGGUAUUGCUGCUUCCCUUAUUCGCGUUCCAACGGAGGUUGUUAAACAACGGAUGCAAACUGGACAAUUUGCAUCAGCCCCAGAUGCGGUCCGCCUAAUUGCAGCAAAAGAAGGUUUUAAAGGACUCUAUGCAGGAUAUGGAUCUUUUCUAUUGAGAGAUUUGCCAUUCGACGCAAUCCAAUUUUGCAUUUAUGAGCAACUACGAAUAGGUUACAAGUUGGCGGCAAAGCGAGAUUUGAAUGAUCCUGAAAAUGCCGUUAUUGGAGCUUUUGCAGGGGCAUUAACCGGUGCUAUAACCACUCCCCUUGAUGUCAUUAAGACAAGAUUAAUGGUUCAAGGAUCUGCAAACCAGUAUAAUGGAAUUCUUGAUUGUGUUCAAACGAUUGUCAAGGAGGAAGGACCUAAAGCUCUUUUGAAGGGCAUUGGACCCCGAGUGCUAUGGAUAGGCAUCGGUGGUUCUAUCUUCUUCGGCGUCCUUGAAAGCACAAAGCGAUUACUAGCAGAGAGGCGUCCCGCUGCUCGUGAAGACCCGAAGCAAGAGUAGCAUUUUCGGAAGAGUUUGGAGGGUUCGGCCAUACGAUCUCGUAAUGACAAAUAUCUAGAAUUAGUAUCUAUGGCUAGCAAGCUUCAUUUAGUUUAUGUAUGAGGUUAUGAGAAUAGCAAGGGAUUAGAGAGUUGUAUACUACUUGAUUCUUUGUAGAAACAGUGAGUUAUCACUGCAAAAUAAUGAAUCAGUUUGCCCCAAAAUGGGCUGUUUUGGUUUC